AUGUUAUUCCUCGUAUUCCUCAGCAUAUUGGGCGCUAUCACCGCCGUACCCAUAGCUAUUGAAGAUGUAAGAGCCAACUCUCAGAACCCCUAUGCACUUCCAAACACAUCCUUCCCCACUUUCUACGAUGUCCGCUUGUUCUUCGACCCAAGCAAUGAGAAUUAUUUCAACGGAAUUGUCACUCUUAGAGUUAUCCCUCGAACUAAUAUAACCGAAAUAGUCCUCCAAGCUAUGGAACUAGAGAUCGAAUCCGUUACAAUUUAUCGUGUCACUGAUUUCGAUCGAGAAGAGGAUUUAUUCGAAUCGUACAGCUAUUCGAAUGAAACCCAUUUGCUGAGACUUAACUUGACCAGGCAAAUUGGACAGACUCAACCGCAUGAAGUUAAUAUCAACUACGUUGGCCAUUAUGCAGACAAUAUGUUUGGAGUUUAUCUGUCUACUUAUGAAGAUUCAGAGAGAACUGUAAAAUUGGUGACCACACAAAUGCAGCCGACUUUCGCGCGCAGGGCGUUCCCUUGUUACGACGAGCCAGGUUACAAAGCUAUCUUCCGAACUACUCUUUACGCACCUCAUGCUUACCCCGUCGUACUAUCCAAUACUCCAAUUAGAAGCCGACUAAACCACCCAGAAGUAAUAGGAUACGCGAAACACGAGUUUGAAGAUACACUACCGAUGUCAACUUACCUCUUGGCUUACCUCGUGUCAGAGUUCCAGUAUAUUGGUAACGUCGACAGCUAUGGCAACGUAACACAAGACGCCAUAUAUAACAUACCGUUUAAGGUAUUCUCACGACCAGGAACUCAGGACACUGCAGAGUUUGCGCUGGACUUCGGCCAGAAGAACAUGGUAGCCUUCGAGAAUUAUACGGAAUUCCUAUAUUCGUUCCCCAAACUUGAUAAAGCCGCUAUACCCGAUUUCACUGCCGGCGCUAUGGAAAACUGGGGAUUAGUACUGUACAGGGAAGCAGCUCUUCUGGUGACCGACGGAGUUACCACAACGUCCACCAGACAGAACAUUGGUAGGAUCAUCUCCCACGAGAAUGCUCAUAUGUGGUUCGGGAAUGAAGUCAGCCCCGUUAGCUGGACUUACACUUGGUUGAACGAAGGCUUCGCUAACUUAUUCGAGAGUUUGGGUACAGACUGGGUGCUACCAGAAUGGCGUAUGAUGGAUCAGUUCGUGAUUGCGAUGCAGAAUGUGUUCCAGUCGGAUGCUGUAUUGACUGUCAAUCCUAUGACUCAUGUAGUGCGCAGUCCAUCGGAAAUAUUGGGCACUUUCAAUGCUGUUGCUUACCAAAAAUCUGGCUCUGUUAUACGCAUGACGCAACAUUUCUUGACCCCCGAAAUAUUCCAGUUGGGACUGAUCAAAUAUAUAAAGGACAACGCUCGUAAAGCUGCGGUUCCCCAGGAUUUGUUUACGGCUCUACAGGAGGUUGUAAAUGAAUCGAAUUACACAAUACCGUUCUCCAUCACUGAGAUAUUAACAAGGUGGACCACACAGGGCGGAUUCCCAGUCAUGAACGUCAGGCGGUCUGCACCGCUAGCUAACUCCUUAACUUUAGAUCAAGAAAGAUUUCUACUAGACAGGAGCCAACAGUCCAACGACCGUUGGCAUGUACCAAUCAACUGGGUGCUGUCCGAUGACCCUGACUUCUCCGACACCGCCCCCCAGAGCUGGUACCCCGCCACCUCUUCAUCACUCUCAAUUGAUAUCCCUGGACUCUCACAAGUUAAUUGGUACAUCAUUAACAAACAACAAACAGGUUACUACAGAGUGAAUUAUGAAAUCAGUAACUGGAUUGCUUUGUCCAGAGCACUUAACUCAUCGUCUGAAUAUCUAGAAAUUCAUCUGUUGAAUCGUGCUCAGAUAAUUGACGAUUCAUUCAAUUUGGCAAGGAACGGACGACUCAAUUACAUCUAUCCAUUUGAAAUUUCUAAAUACUUGGUGCAAGAGAAGGACUACAUCCCAUGGGCCGCUGCCAACGCCGCUUUCAAUUACCUGGAUGUUGUACUCAGUGCUGCGCCAGUCUACGAUUUAUACAGGUAUUACCUAUUGAACCUGACGGCUCCACUUUUCGUGGAGUUCGGAUUCACGGCAGAACCUGAGGAGGAACACGUGACGGCUUAUCACAGGAACAUCAUACUCGACAUCAAUUGCAGAUAUGGAAACGCAGUUUGCUUACGAGAAGCCAAUAACUUACUUGAAGAAUCGAAAACUCAAUCUAUUAACCCUGACAUUCAAAACUUGGUGUACUGCUCAAGUCUACGCUCCGGUGAAAGAGAAAACUUCGAUUAUUUGUGGGGUCUUUUCGCCGCAAGCACUGAUUCCACGUUCCAAACCAUUCUACUGAACGCUCUCGGAUGUACAUCCAACGAAGAGGCUCGAACGGAUUAUUUGAACGAAGUCCUCGACGACGAUUCACUAGUUAGACAACAGGACAAACAUACUGUCAUUGUUUCUGUCAUCAAUGCAAGCCCCGAAAACACAGAUGCCGCCUUGGAGUUCGUCAUAGAAAACUUUGAUUUAAUUAAACCCAGGGUGCAGGAACUUAGUGGAACUACAAAUAUUUUGAAUGCAUUCUCUAGAAGACUAAAUACUCCAGCUCAUUUGGAGAGGAUCAAUUACUUCGAAAGUCGCUAUUAUGAUAUCUUCUCGGCUGGAGAACGGGCAUCUGUAGCGGCUAUCAAAGAAAACGUCGGUGCUUCUAUAGCCUGGGCUGAAGAUAACUUCAAUAGCGUGGACUUAUGGCUGAAAGAUAACUAUGGAAAUAGUGCUGUUACAUUCACAUCUAAUGUACUUAUGUUACUAUUUGUAGUUUUAGCCAUUCUGUUCUAAUUGUAUACACUUGUAACUAGUCCAUUCCAUGUAAUUAAUGUAUUAUAUAAGU